AUGGUGUCCUUCGAUGUGAAGUCACUUUACACAAGCGUGCCCAUUGACUUCGCCGUCAAGGUCUGCACUGAGGCUCUCGAAUCGGACCCAAGUCUUCCAGAAAGGACACCGCUCGAGGCUCCAGAUCUCAGCAGACUUCUAGAGUUUUGUCUGAGCAACACAUACCUCACGUUCCAGAAAAAGUUCUUCAAGCAAGUCCAUGGAACCGCAACGGGAGCCUCGAUCUCAGUCACCGCAGCGAACUUCGCAAUGGAGUCACUGGAGUCCCGUGCCCUGUCUAGUUUCAGCUCACGUCCAAGGGUAUUCCUACGCUACGUGGACGACUGUUUCUCAGUGGUUAAGAAGUCUGCUUUGAGCGCUUUUCUUCUGCACCUUAAUAGCAUGGAUCCAGCCAUACAGUUCACGACAGAGGAAGAAGUUAAUGGUCGUCUGCCAUUUUUGGAGGUGCUCGUGAAACGCGACGGCAGUAGGUUGUCGUUCAGUGUCUUCAGGAAGGAAACUCACACUGGCAAGUACCUAAGUUUCAGCUCUGUGCACCUGAUGUGUCAGAAGAAGUCGGUGGUCGCUUCACUUGUACGUAGGGCGGAGAAACUUUCCUCAACUCCGGAAAACCAAGCGGCCGAGCUAGCCACGAUACGCCGUGACCUCUCAUCUUCGGGCUACCCCAGUUCGCUCAUUCAAGCUGUUAAAAAGAGCCUAGCUCAUCCUACGCCAAAUGACUCUCAACAACACAACGACAAGGGGAGGAGAAAAAGGAUUCCUGUGCCGUACGUCCCCGGCAUAAGCGGUCUGUCCCGAAUCCUUCGGGGGUAUGAAGUCGACGUCGCUCACGUGCCUACGCGCAAGCUCAGACAAGCUGUGGGGAAGGUGAAAGACAAACUCGAUAAGGAGAAGUUCCCGGGCGUCGUGUACAGAAUUCCUUGCGCCGAUUGUAACCAAGUCUACAUCGGUGAAACAGGCGACUUUGGAAAAAGAAUUAAACAGCACAGCUAUGACGUGAAAACCAAGCACGUGGCAACUAACGCACUAGCUGAGUACGCAGUGUCCACGAGCCAUGACAUCGACUGGGAUAGCGCGAAGAUAAUAGGAAAAGAAAAGGACAAAUCAGCUAGGCUUCAUCUUGAAUCCCUUCACAUUCAAACGACCGAUAACACGCUCAACCGCAACUCAGGCAAUCUGCCCCCGAUAUACACUCGAUGCUUACGUCACAUCAUCAAGCCCAUAUAA